CCGCCGCGGCCCUGGGGAUGGGCGGAGCCCCCGCCGCCAGUGCUGGUGGCCGCUGCGAGCGGCCGCCUUUGCUCCCGCGCGUCGCUGCUUCUCAGGGCGGCGGUAUGCUGGGUAAAGGGGUAGUCGGCGGUGGCGGCGGCACCAAGGCGCCGAAGCCCUCCUUCGUGUCAUACGUGCGCCCAGAGGAAAUUCACACAAACGAAAAGGAAGUAACAGAGAAGGAAGUAACUCUUCACUUGUUGCCAGGUGAACAGCUGCUCUGUGAAGCCAGCACAGUACUCAAGUGUGUCCAGGAAGAUUCCUGUCAGCGUGGGAUCUAUGGAAGGCUGGUCUGCACAGACUUCAAGAUCUCUUUCUUGGGCGACGAUGAAUCCGCAUUGGACAAUGAUGAAACCCAAUUUAAGAAUAAGGUCGUAGGAGAAAAUGACAUUACACUCCACUGUGUUGACCAGAUUUAUGGAGUGUUUGAUGAGAAAAAAAAGACUCUCUUUGGACAGCUGAAGAAAUACCCUGAGACACUCAUCAUCCACUGCAAAGACCUCCGGGUAUUCCACUUUUGUCUGAGGUACACAAAAGAAGAGGAAGUCAAAAGGAUUGUCAGUGGCAUAAUUCAUCAUACCCAGGCUCCAAAACUACUUAAACGAUUGUUCCUGUUUUCCUAUGCAACUGCAGCACAGAACAAUACAGCUACCGACCGCAAGAACCAUGCUGUAAUGUUUGACACACUCCAGGACUGGUGUUGGGAGCUGGAGCGCACCAAAGGCAACAUGAAAUACAAAGCAGUGAGCGUCAAUGAAGGGUAUAAAGUCUGUGAAAGGUUGCCGGCAUACUUUGUUGUCCCCACCCCGCUUCCUGAAGAGGAUGUGCCACGCUUUCAGGGUCACGGCAUACCAAUAUGGUGUUGGUCCUGCCACAAUGGAUGUGCCCUUUUGAAAAUGUCAGCACUGCCCAAAGAACAGGAUGAUGGCAUUUUACAGAUCCAGAAGAACUUCUUGGAUGGAAUUUACAAGAUCAUCCACAGGCCACCCUAUGAAAUUGUUAAAACUGAAGACCUGUCAAGCAACUUCCUAUCCCUGCAGGAAAUCCAGACAGCAUACUCUAAGUUUAAACAGCUGUUUCUGAUAGAUAAUAGUACCGAAUUUUGGGACACAGAUAUAAAGUGGUUUUCCCUGCUGGAAAGUAGUAGCUGGCUUGACAUAAUCAGACGCUGCCUGAAAAAAGCAAUAGAGAUUAUAGAAUGUCUAGAAGCACAAAACAUGAACAUUCUUCUUCUAGAGGAGAACGCCUCCGACCUCUGCUGCCUCGUCUCCUCUCUGGUGCAAGUGAUGAUGGACCCUCACUGCAGGACCAGGUUUGGUUUCCAGAGCCUUGUCCAGAAGGAGUGGAUCAUGGGUGGGCACUGCUUCCUGGAUCGCUGCAACCACCUGCGUCAGAGUGACAAGGAGGAGGUUCCCGUGUUCCUGCUCUUCUUAGAUUGUGUCUGGCAGCUGGUGCACCAGCAUCCCCCAGCAUUUGAGUUCACGGAGACGUACCUGACCGUCUUGUCAGAUAGCCUGUACAUACCUAUUUUUAGUACUUUCUUCUUCAAUUCGCCUCAUCAAAAAGAUACGAACAUGGGUAGGGAAAGCCAGGAUACACAAGGCAAGCCUUUGAAUCUCCUCACCGUGUGGGACUGGUCUGUACAGUUUGAACCCAAGGCCCAGACGUUGCUCAAAAACCCUCUUUACGUGGAAAAGCCAAAACUGGACAAAGGCCAGCGGAAAGGAACGCAUUUGAAACAUCAACGACAACUUUCUUUGCCACUCACCCAAUCUAAAUCAUCUCCAAAAAGAGGAUUUUUCAGGGAAGAAACAGAUCAUUUAAUUAAAAACCUUCUGGGCAAGAGAAUUAGCAAACUAAUCAAUUCUUCUGAGGAGCUGCAGGACAACUUCCGGGAGUUCUACGACAGCUGGCACAGUAAGCCCCCCAGCUACCAUGGGCUGCUGCUGCCGCACAUCGAGGGGCCAGAGGUCAAAGUCUGGGCCCAGCGCUACUUGCGCUGGAUUCCAGAAGCCCAGAUCCUGGGUGGUGGCAGAGUGGCUACCAUGAGCAAACUCUUGGAGAUGCUGGAGGAAGUCCAGAGCUUACAGGAGAAGAUCGAGGAGAGACACCACAGCCAGGAGGGCCUCCAGGCGGAGGCCACCUCCCUGCUGAGGAACUCGGCCCGCUUGUCCUCCUUGUUCCCUUUUGCCCUGCUGCAACGCCAUUCCUCCAAGCCGGUCCUGCCCACCAGCGGGUGGAAAGCUCUGGAAGAUGAGGAAGACUUGGCCAAGCGAGAAGACGAGUUUGUGGAUCUAGGGGAUGUGUGACUGGUCUCUUCGGCCAUGGCAAGAGAGGAAUGUCUCGGGCUGGGGCAGGAGUCAGGUGCGUCUGCUCCCUGCGUUGGUGUGUCAGGCUGAAGAUGACUGCCGGGAGGACGGGCUCAGCUCCGUGCCCUUAGGAGGAAGCCUGGGCCUUCAGGAAAAGAGCUGGUUCUCAUUUUCCCUCCGUGGUUCUGAGAGACUAUGCAAUUAAAACCGUAUCGCUAGUAUUAUUCAUUGAAAGGAGUUACUGCUUUACCCAUAUUACUGUUGUGGCCAGUGUCUGCUGUGAGGUAUCGUACAGACCCUGCAGUAGCUGGUUUCCUACUCAGAAAGGGCUUUGGUAAGAGACACUUGGACUCCAUACUGUCUUCAGGUCUCUUCUGUGCCAAGUUGCUUGCUCCAGUCAGCAGGAGUAGUGUCUCCUCAGCCCAUCUCGGUUCAGAGCAAGUUCAACCUUAUGUGGUGUGUGUGUGUGGCGAAUUGAGAGAUUCAAAGAGAGGUAUUAAGAUGUCUGGCCUUAGUUUCCAAACCAUAGCAUUUUUCCUUUCUAUGUCCUCUUGUCUCUAGAAAAGUGGGGGAAAUUGCACGAGUGUCGCCCAUCGUGACCUUCGAGGCUAUCCUCAAGACUGUGUCACUGUAUGUGGGGGCUGGGGGCUAGUCGAUCCGCAGGGCCCUUGCUUGGGGCUGACAGCUCCAGGUCGCCCUGGUGGUUCCGUACACUUGCCGCCAGCCCUCCACGCUCCCUGCCUUGGUGUCUGUCCCAGGAUCUUGCUGCUAAACCUGUUGGUCAAACUAGGGGAAUCUCUUUGGUUUGCCCAGAGGAGCUUCCAGUCUUCUGAGGUGCUCAGUGUUUGAAAGCAGUGGCUCUGGCUUUUUCCAGUGGCGUGCCGAGGCUAUGGAGCGUGUGUGACCGCCGCCCUCUGCAGCAGCCCCUCAGUUUCCCCAGAUUCUCUUACCUUCCAGUCUGAUGCAUAGGUUCACUGCUGCAUGUGGCUUUCGGAGGGAAGCCGUCAAGCGUAAGCAUCAGAAGUGAGAGUUAUCACAUUGUACCUCAGCGAUUUAAAAAGCCAUAGAAGACACUUGACUCUGCCUGGUAACCUUCUUGGAUCUGCUGUCUAAAUGAUAUAUAUUUUUUAAAUGCAGGAAAGUACACUUUAUAAGGACCGGUUUUUUCAUUCUCCACGGAACCCUGUUCAGUUCCCCAGAAGGAAGGGGGGGAAAUUAUCUCACGUUAGAAUGUUUCCUAUCGAAUGUUUGCCUUUCAUAUACAUUUGCUCUCCAGUAUGGAUCCCAAAUUGAAUAUUCCUUGUCUAGAGAAAUGUUCAGUUGCUCAAAGGCAAUAAGAAUUUUGAAAUGGUUGACAAAGAAGGGUUUCUUGGUUUGCACUGAAUCGUCUUUUGUACACACAAGAAAUUGCUUUGCUGUCCUCCCCACGCCCUGUUAGUCUGUUAAGACGAUGGAGGUUGAGGGGAGGGCAGGAUUCAUGUAUCUGGGGCCAAACACAUGCCCAGUCUUGGGUGCCUUAAGAAUCUCACUAGUAAGGUCAGUGUUAGGCUUGGAAUAGGGAUUUUAAAAUUAUCCUAGUUUAUUGGCCACCUUUAAGUAUGUUCUAUGGGCCUUCUUAAACUAGCAGUAACCUCUACUUCUCUGCCCCACUGCCUCCCAAAUAUACCAUGGAGCUGACUAAUUUUGUGACCAUGUUAUAAUGGGAAUAUUUAUACAGAGCUCUUCAGUCUUAAAAUUUAGUAAUUUUCAUUCCAAAAAUGCCCAGUGUGAUGCUUUAUAAUCCAUAAAGUAUGGUUUAAAGGCACAAGGUCAUGGCCCCUGUCAUAGCAGUUGAAUGUGCAUUGAAAUAUUUUUCUAUGAUUUUUUAAAAAUUACAGUAGAAAAAUAAGCUGUUGUAACACUUAAGGUCAUGACAGUUUAUGUAUUUAUAUUGAAAUCAGAUUUCUAUAAACUUGUAUUUGUGUACAGGAUUCUCAGUGGGUUUAUAUAUUGUGACAUUUUUAUUCAAGGUUGAGAUGUGGAUUAUGCUUAAUAGUAAAAACUGAAAUGAGACCAUUUACUUUGUGUAAAAUGCUGCACUGCGCACGUUCGGAAAUGUAAAUUAAUUUGCUGUAUAUAAUAUCUUGAGUUUGUUUAUACCUCUAAGUUUUUACACUGAAGAUAAAUUAGCUUUAAAUACAUUCAAAACUCUUUUUUUUUAAAGGAAAUAAGCUGUUGGGCUAAAUCUGUAUAAUGUGCUUUUUAUUUUCUGGAUGUACAAUGAAAGUUUAUACUUGUAUUUCACUGCAUCAUAUCUGAUUGCAGAAAUUAAAGCACAAUUUACGAUA